CGUUUCAUGUUGAAGUCCUCUACAUACCCCCAGCAUCAUGCAGCACUUACACAACCGUACAGAGAAACAACUAAGCAGCGCAGUGGCAUGCGAGCCGGGUAACUAUGGAAAAGGAGCUUGGGUGAAUCAGGCCUAUAGUGGCUCCCCUCCACCUGUCAAACGCAACAUCAACACCGUCUACAACCCUCAACCCAUGUUCCACAGCUCUUUGGAGAACAUGAACCACAUGAAUAUGCCUAACCCUUAUUCGGCAGGGGAUAAGGUUCAUACUGCUAAGAAGUCUGGAUGCUGCUCAGCCUUCUUUAAAGGAUUGUGGGGAACAGCAGCUUUAACAAAAGAUUCAAAGAACAAUCCUGAGGUCAUGGUCAAAGCAAAUCUCAAAGAACUGUUGGUGUACAUUUUUUUCCUGUUGGAUUUAUGUCUGUUGACUUAUGGGAUGACCAGCAGCUCUGCUUUCUAUUACACAAAAGCUAUGACCGACCUGUUCGUGCAUUACCCGGGCAACGGCAUCAGCUUUUCCUCUAUCGGCAGCAUGAAUGACGUGUGGACAUACAUGGAAUUCAAUUUACUUGACAGCCUGUACUGGAAUACAUAUUACAACAACGUGCCUUUUGUGAACGAAAACCAGUCCUUGAUUUACUACGAGAACAUGCUGCUAGGAGUCCCGCGCAUUCGCCAGAUCAAAGUGAAGAAAAACUCCUGUAAGGUGCACGAAGACUUUCGGAGGGAAAUCACAGAGUGUUUCGAUGUGUACAAAGAAGAAAAAGAGGAUGAUAGCGUGUUUGGAUCGGUCAACGACACGGCAUGGCAGUAUCACACUGAAAAGGAGCUCAAAGGAUCAAGUCACUGGGGAUUGCUGACCACAUACAGUGGAUCAGGAUUUUAUCAAGACCUGGCAAAAACCAAAACUGAGAGCGCUGAUAUCAUAGCAGAACUAAAAGACAAUCUGUGGCUUGAUCGAGGAACUCGAGCUCUGUUCAUUGACUUCUCUACAUACAAUGCCAAUGUCAACCUCUUCAGCGUCAUAAGAUUGGUGGUUGAGUUUCCAGCUACUGGUGGAGCGAUUUCAUCCUAUCAGAUACGUACAGUACGGCUGAUCCGUUACGUUAACACCUGGGAUUAUUUCGUCAUGGGCUGUGAGCUAGUUUUCUGCGUCUUCAUAUUCUACUACAUCAUGGAGGAAAUUCUGGAAGUACGAGUUAACAAAGUGUCCCAUUUCAAAAAUAUCUGGAACAUUGUAGAUUUGGUGGUGAUACUGCUUUCUCUAGUUGCCAUAAUUUUCAGUAUAUUCCGGACCAUAAAAGUGGAUAAAUUACUUUCAAAGAUCCUGGAACAGCCCAACAUCUACGCUGAUUUUGAAUUUCUUGCAUUUUGGCAAACCCAAUACAACAACAUGAAUGCAGUCAACUUGUUCUUUGCCUGGGUUAAGAUAUUCAAGUACAUCAGCUUCAAUAAGACAAUGUCCCAGCUGACAUCCACCCUGUCACGAUGUGCUUUAGACAUCUUUGGGUUUGCCAUCAUGUUCUUCAUUGUGUUCUUUGCCUACGCUCAGCUGGGAUACCUGCUCUUUGGAAUGGAAGUAGAAACCUUCAGUACAUUUAACAAGUGCAUUUUCACCCAGUUUCGAAUCAUCCUGGGAGAUUUUGAUUAUGAUGCCAUUGACAGGGCAAACAGAGUACUCGGACCAAUAUACUUUUUCUCCUAUGUGUUCUUCGUGUUCUUUGUUUUACUGAACAUGUUCCUGGCCAUCAUUAAUGACACGUACUCAGAGGUGAAGUCAGAGCUCAGUUCCCAAAAAGAUGAAUUCCAGAUCUCUGAUCUUAUCAAGCAGAGCUAUGAAAAGACAAUCAUGAAACUGAAACUUAAAAAGGAAAAGAUCUCUGAUGUUCAGAAAGCACUGGAUUCUGGCUCCAGUGAGCUGACGUUUCAAGAUUUCAGGGAUGCUUUGAAAGGAAUGGGCCAUAGUGAUCAAGAGAUCACAGAUGCUUUCGCCAAGUUCGACCAUGAUGGGAACCAGACUUUGGACAAGCUGGAACAGGAGAAAAUGAAACAAGAGCUGGACGAAAAAAGGGACUCACUCAAUGCAGAGCUUCGAAAUCUUGGAAACGGUAUGUCAGCAGAUGACCAUGGAGAGACUAAAGAUUUUCAAAGGCUGGCCCAAAAGGUUACUCAUCUUGAAAAUGCUGUGGCUCUAAUAAUGUCUAAAGUCAAUGGGAUCAUGGAGAAAAUGGAAAGCAGAGACAAGAUAGAUAGGCACAUGAACAGAGAAGAUGAAUCAAGACCAGCUUCAGGAGGGAAUAUUCAGGUAAGCCUGACGAGAACACAAGAACAAGCACCACCAACCUGGUCGCCAGCUGUUCCAAUGGGCAUGCUGAGAAACCACUUAUAUCCAGACGGAGGAUGGCAAGCCAUCAGCGAGAACAGCAGCUCUGCACGUCACUGAUUCACCAAGACAUGAGUUUUGAAACAGGCUAACAUGGAAGGCUUAAUCUAAGCCUGAUCUGUGGAUAUUAAGACACAGAAUGUGAGAGUUGAGAAAAGGUAUUAUUUUAGAAUAGAUGGAGUACCUUAUGUUACCAGUGGACACAGAAAUGUACUAAUCUCUUUUCUGUACCUGACUGCAGUUAAAGUUGCACUUGUUAUUUAAAGCUUCAGAGGGGUCAAAGGGUGAUGGUGGUCUGAUUCUGUUCCACAUUUUGUCUUUGCACAAUGUAUAUUGAUGUAUAAACAUGUGUGUAAACAUUUCCUCCAGAUACUAUUAUUUUCUCACCCUCCUCUCUGUUAAGACCAAGCUUUUAUAAUGUCUAAUAUUUAUUGGGAAAAUGGACUCCUAGCAUAAUUAAGCUUAAAUCAAUCUGAGGUCAUUUAUCUCUGUUGAUAUUUAAUCAUGUGACAAACUUGCAGAGUUGGUUCUAAUAUUCCCACCCAUCAUUUAAUGAGAUGAAAUUUAGUGAGGAUAGCUUUGACAAAUUGCUAUGAAAAUAACAGUAAAAUAAGAUUGAAAUAUAUAUUUUUAGGUACGUUUUAGACAUAAUCUCUGGAUAUGGAUUUAAUGUGAAUGUUGUAUUUCAUUGUGUACAACCCAUGUAUAUCCAAACUUCAAUAGGUUAUACAAUUAUUAAUCUUAGGACACCAUGUGUAUUUCUGAAGAAUAUUUCUUUUCCUGUUUAAGAAUAUAGUCAAAUAUAUCUUUAAAAUGGCAAAAUAAAUGUUUUCGUUGGUCUCUUCAUUACGUUAAAUGUAGGUUUAAAAAGAAACUGGAUCAAAAUGUUUCUUGUCCAAUGGUUCAUUUAUUGAGACUCAUAUAGACUAAAAAGAAAACUGUUGCUAAGUUGUAUUCAAACAUUUCAGCCUUUUACAUUCAAUACUUUGAGCAAACCUCAAUAUUAUGGUUUAAAACAUGCAAUUCCUUACUGUCCCCAGAAAACAAAAACAAAUGUUUCUCUGGCUACUCAAAAAUGGCACGCAUAUUAAAUCAGCAAAGGGACAAAAUUUACAGUAGGCUCUAAAAUCAAUGAUAAACCGCUCUAUCAGGGUUUCCGAGUGUUGAACUGAAAUUUGUGUGUGACCGAGCAACAAUUAAGGCUUGCUUGUAAGUUCACUGAAUCUGUUCGGCACAUUAAACUUUUCUCUAACAUAUGCUGCAUUCCUUCUGCAACAUUCUUUCAAGUAGAAUGCAUGCUUGAAACCCUUAUUCUAGGCCAAAUUAUCAAAAGAUAUUUACAGGUUUGGCCAUCUUGACCCUUUCUCCAAAGUGAACUGUCUGUAAGUUGGAGUAAAAAGAUACAUAUACACACAGUAUCAAAGAGCUCUAGAAUUUUGAGGAGAACGGUGAGCUAAUGUGGAUUAAAUAUACACCACGGCACAUAGAAAUUCAUUUACACAUCAACAUGUACAAGACACAGGUCCAAUGAACCUCCAAAAAGUGCCUUUACUUACAUUUGUUUGCCAAAUCAGAAUGUUUAGGUUUCUGUUGCGUUUUUUUGUACAAAAUUUAAAGUCCUUACUGUAAUGAACAGGCAAACACAUGAUCAGCUAUUCAGGAAGGGGAAAUUAAAGAGA